UCCAACCAAAAAGCCCAAAUCUCUUCUCCUAUAUAGACCCCUCUCGUUCAAACAAUUUAGGGUUCCAGCAGAAAGAACAAAGCAGCCGCCGCCGCUCACUUGAAACAUUUUUAGCAUCAAUGGCGAGGAUUAAGGUACAUGAGCUGAGGACAAAGUCCAAGGCGGAUUUGUUGGCGCAGCUUCAGGAAUUGAAGGCGGAGCUUUCGCUUCUUCGGGUUGCGAAAGUCACCGGUGGAGCUCCUAAUAAGCUCUCCAAGAUAAAAGUGGUUCGAUUGUCGAUUGCACAGGUGUUGACGGUUAUGCAACAGAAGCAGAAGGCUGCUCUUAGGGAAGUCUAUAAGAACAAGAAACUUAUGCCACUUGAUCUGCGUCCCAAGAAGACCAGAGCCAUCAGGAGGCGUCUUACAAAGCACCAGGUCUUAUUUUACCUAUUUCUGCAUUCCAGUAUAUAUUUACAGGCAACAUAAGUUAUAACUAUAGUCUUGUGUUCACACAGUGUCUUAUUCAUAUUAUACUGUUUCUUAUGAGUUAUGUCGGUUAAUUAUAAACUGUAUGAUAGUUAUGUUUAGAAUAUUGUGACUCCUGUUUAUGCAUUUAGGGUAUAUGUAUAUGUAGAUAUGUGUAUACUUCAAGUAAAUUUCAGAGGUUAUUUUUAGUGGAACCUUAUUUUAUAUGUAUUCAUGUAGAGCGCUGUUUCCUUUAUAUAACAUGCAGAUUGCUAAAUUACUUGUGUAACUUUAUAUGUAUUCAUGUAUGUUGAUGUGGUUCUUAUCUGCUGACUGCUUUGAAAUAAAAAUAUGCAGAUGUUUUGGUUAUGUCAUGUUUAUGAUCUCUAAGCUUUAAUGUUAAAUUAUACGCCACAAUAUUGACUGACAUGUGGUAAUUAUACUUGAUUUCUGAAUAUCUAAAAUCUUACUUUUUAAUUCAGGCAUCGUUGAAGACUGAGCGAGAGAAGAAAAA